AUGGAAGCACACGCUGUGCGGCAUCUUUGCAGCGUGUGCGGAGGCAUUCGAUUUCUUCCGACUCUCGGGGGAUCAAGGACGCCCCAGUUGGCCCUAUCCUGUCGCGACGCAGAACCCUCGCCUCGUUCUUCAUCAGCUCUCAGUUUCUUUCCGGUUUUCCCUAAACCAAGUUCAGGCUUUUCGACCUUCCGAGGUCCGGUUCUAGCCCCGUUAAAGCGGCAUACUAGCAGACAACUCAGAGAAAGCCCGCUGUCGCAGACGAGACGCGACCGGAACAGCGUCCAGCCCUCACCGUGCUCAAGGCCUUCAAGAACGUCUUGGGUUACCGUCUGUUCUCCUGGCCAACCUUCUCCGUCUUCACACUCUCCUGCUUCUCCAUCUUUUUCUCCUGCCGCUGCUUCCGCCUCUGCAACUGCUAACCGUGAAAAAGGCGACACUAGCGCGUUUGGGUCAUGGUCGGCAGAGAUCCUGGCACGAGCGAAAAGGAGAGAGAGAAGAAACGAGGUGGGGAGCGACGGGGCCGGGAGAGACAGAGGCGAUUCGAGAGUGAUGAUUACGAAGAGUGACAGAGACUCUCGCAUUCGGGUCGAGGAGAGCUACAAUGCUGCUUCGCUCUCCGCUUCUCCCGAGUCAUCACACUCCCGAGAACGGAGCCUCCCUCCGUCUCCCAAACAGCCUGACACUCUUUUGAAGGACGAUACAAGGGAAGAAAACGUGGACGAGAGCGCAAGCAAGGCAGAGGGUACACCGGAUACACGUGGGCAAAGCACCGAAAAAAACAAACGUUUGAGGCACUCUGACAGGGCAGAAAUCGAAGGUGGGGAGGGAUUACUUUCUCCCACAAUGGCAGCCAGGCUUCGUGCCCUUGGUGUGGCGUCUCUCUUUCAAGUGCAACGCCAGAUGCUCCGACACUUGCUUCAGGAAGAGAUCGACAACGCGCUCGUUUUGUCUCCGACAGGGACGGGAAAGACCCUCUCAUUUCUUCUUCCGCUUCUUCAGCGCAUUGAGGGGGAGCGCUGGCCGCGCACUGAGCCUGUGUUAAUCGUGGCGCCAACCCGCGAACUGGCAGAGCAAAUUGCUUUCGAGGCAUGGAGGUUACGAACGUCGCAGUCGACGGAGAUUGCGCUGGUCUUCGGGUCAUCUGCAUUCUCCUCUGCCUCGGCUGACGCUUCUUCCUCGCUUCAUCGCCUCCGCGAGGCUGAGGAGUCGUUUCUGCUGCGUUCAGGCGCGCACGUGGUAGUCGGCACGCCAGGGCGGCUGCGCGAGUUGAUUGAAAAGACGGUUUUGCUGCACACGGACCAGCAGAAGUUUGUCAUUCUCGACGAAGCAGAUAAGCUGCUCAGUCGCGGUCUCGAGGCGGACGUCGUGGCCAUCCUCCGCGCCACACAAAACCCAGACCGGCGCAUCUUCGCCUUCUCUGCCACCUUCCCGAAGUGGCUAAGAGACAGCCUGGCGAGGCUGCCUGAGUAUGACCGGAGAAACGAGGAGGCCACAAAACGCAGAGACGGAGACGCGGAGGCCGAGGAGGCGCUUCUCCAGGGUCAAGGGGAACUAAAGCCUCUCGCAUCUCUAGGAAAUCACGUUUCGGUGUCUUCCAUGCGGAUUAUUGACUUGUGCAACUCCUCACCGUUCUCGUCGCUUACGGAGAACCCCAAGAAAUCCGCUGCAUUUUUGGCUGCGACCGUGCCGGCUUCUUCGUCCACCAUUUCAGAUCCGCUUUUUGCCUCUUCAGAGGAGGACCCUGCUCGCCAAUCAAACAUCACACACAUGGUCUGUCGUCUCCCACGCCAACAGCCCAAACGCAUUCGCGCCCUUCUCUUUCUUCUAAAAGCGCGCCUCCUUGAUCCCCACCCCGACUUGCGGGGUAUCAUCUUUUGCAAUUCGCGCCAGCAGGCGAGCCUCCUAGCGUACCACCCGCUCUUGGAACCUGUGGCCAAGCCCCUGCAUGCAGACAUGAUUCAAAGUCAACGCUCGGCCACACUUAAGGCCUUUGUGCGAGGUGAUUUCCCAAUUUUGAUUGCCACUGACCUGGCCGCAAGAGGGCUCGAUCUCCCACGUGUCGGUCUAGUGGUUCAUUACGGUGUACCCCAGAGCGCGGAAGUGUAUGUACACCGUGCUGGCCGCACGGGCAGACCGCAGCGUCUCUCCGAACGGCGGCACCGAUCUGAGACUGAAGCGGAGCCCGAAAUUGGAGAAUUAAGGGCGGAAGAAGCGGGAGAAGGGAAUGCGAAUGUGUGCAGUAAGCGAGGCACAGAAACGACUAGGGUUGUGGAUGACGCGUCAGCGUCGACAGCUCGAGGCGACGAAGCACGUGCUUGGACGGCGACGAUCGGGAGACAAAGGGGGAAGGAAAGACGUAAUUUGAGAGGUCAUGAAAGCGACGAAGAAGGCGAGCAAGAGACACCCGCUGGGGGGGUGUUUGUACAGCAUGGCGAGUCGAUUCUGCUCCUGGACCGCGGCCAGCAGCAGGGUUUGCUUCUUAGGAAAUUCGAGAACACUAUCAAAGCUCGAUUCCGAGAGCUAGAUGCGCCUGAUGAAGAGACCAUGGUUCAACAUUCACUCCGGGAGAUUGAAUCUCAACUUCUUUCACCUCAAGUUGUUCCCCUUCUUUCCCCUUUUCUUCCAUUUUCAUCUACGCAUUUAUCCGUCCACGGCCCGCGACUCCUCGCGGCAGCCCUCGCCCUUCUUUUGCAGCGCCAGCAGAGAAUUACCUGGCGUUCUGCAUUAUCUGGACGCUUUAACUUCACUCCACUUCUCUUCCACGAUCCGUUUUAUCAGGAGUUCAAACGGAAAGAAGACCUCCUCGCGCUCUUGCGCCAGGUACUACCGCGCAGCUUCUCGCCUGCUUCGAAUAUAGGCCGAAUCGCUUACUGCCGGAAAGGCCUACUGGUUGACUUGCCCUCUGGCGCGGCCCGCGCGGUCUUGGCGAGUGAAGAACUGAAACGGCGGAAGAUCAAAGUCACUUUUGCCGCGACGCUUCCCCAUGUCGUUGGAGAUGAACUUCGCGCGAGAGUGGAGAGAACUCGACUACAACGAGACCCGGAGAAAGUGAUCCAGCAACUCCAAAAGCGGAUUCACAACGCCCGGUCGAAGCGAGCCAGGAUCCGAGUGUCAAAGCAACUCGCGCGUCAUCGUGAACGUCAAGACCUGUCGCGCCUUUACGAGGCCAAUCGGAGAAACAGUUUUUUUCGGUCCAGAUCGACGUCUUCGGAGCACGCCAGUUCCAAGAAACAAACUGUGCAUACUUGA